AGCCGACGUGGCAAAUCCCAAUCAUGCCGCCUUAUCUGUUCGCCUCCAAACUUGAAAAAAAUCCCCUCCUCCUCUCAUUAGUGCCAUCAUGUCAGUGUAGCUAGUUUCUACUCUCUGCGCAGUCUUCCGCUCACUUUCAAUCUGUUCUCUCUCGAAAGAUGAAGCCUCACAUAUUACUUGCAAGCAAUCUAUCAAUUUCACCAUUUCUAAAUCUUCAUUCUCGUUUGAGAAUGUCUCCACCAACCCUUGCUUUCCUCAACAGAAACAGUGCCAUUCACUUCAAUCUUCUUCGCCGCCCUCCAAUUCUAAACCCUUAUUUCAAGGUUGUGGAAGCGGUGAGAUUUGAUGGCCCGAUAAUGGGUAUUAUGGAAUUGGAAGAUGAUGAGGAUUUUGAGUUGGUGAUAGAGACCUGCAUUACGCGUACUCUGUCUCCAGCUGCGACGCUGGAGCGCGGCCUUCAGAGUAUUAGAGAAGCCGUCGAAGAAUUGAAGUUGAAUCCUCCUCAUUCUGGCAGUGGAGUUCUGAGAUUUCAGGUUGCUGUGCCUCCCAGUCCAAAAGCUUUGAAUUGGUUCUGCUGUCAACUGGAAUCGUCUGGAGUGUUUCCUCAAUUUUUUGUUUCUAAGGAGACUGAAAAUCCAUCAUGUAAAUCCCUUUAUCUGAACAGAACACGUGGAGUUUUUGGAAUUGGAGCUGCAAUUUAUUUUGUACAGUCUUCUUCUCAUACAUCAGGCAAUCAGAGUUCAAUAAGAAGGUAUGUCUCAAGUGAUUCUAUCAACAUAGCAACUUAUGGUUUUAUGGAUAUUAAAUUUGACACAGCAUCAUCUUCAAUUAAGCACGAGGCUGGUUCAUUUUAUCUUGUAAUUCCUGAGAUUGAAUUAGAUGAGCACGGGGAUAUCUCCAUUUUAUCAGCAACACUGGCAUGGGAUGAUGCAUACUUUUGUACAUUUAAACAGGCAAUUCAAUCUUUUGAGUCUUCAAUUUACCAGGCCGGGUAUCAUUUUUGCCCAACUGUAGAGAGAUGCUGCUCUAAUUACACAAGGUCUGCUCUCAAUAAGCUCAAAUUGGUGGAGGAUAAAACCCUUCAAAUGGUUUCUUCAAAUGCUCUGUUGCUGGACGGAAGGGAUUAUCAGAAUGACCUCUUGGAACUGAGAGGGACCGCAUUUUUCUGUCAAUUUUAUUUCCGGCUUUCACCAACACUUGCUGUUUCCAAUAACAUGUUGGAUCACGCCUGUGAAACAAGUUACUCCUUGCCAGAAUGUGCAAACAUCAAUGCAGUUUGGGCAUCACUUAUCGUGGAAGAAUGUUCUCGUCUCGGGUUAAUGUACUUUUGCAUUGCACCAGGAUCAAGAUCAUCCCCCCUUGCCAUUGCUGCUUCCACUCAUCCCCUAACAACAUGUAUUGCUUGCUAUGAUGAGCGCUCGCUGGCAUUUCAUGCUGUUGGUUAUGCAAGAGGUUCUCGUAGUCCAGCAGUUGUCAUAACAUCUUCAGGAACUGCGGUUUCAAAUCUUUUUCCUGCUGUUGUGGAAGCGAGUCAAGAUUUUGUGCCGCUUAUCUUACUUACUGCAGAUCGUCCUCCUGAGCUUCAAAAUGCUGGGGCAAAUCAAUCAAUCAAUCAGGUGAAUCAUUUUGGUUCUUUUGUGAGGUUCUUCUUCAGUCUUCCCACACCCACUGAUGAUAUUCCUGCACGGAUGGUGCUUACAACUCUUGACUCUGCUGUUCAUUGGGCAACCUCUUCUCCAUAUGGCCCUGUUCAUAUUAACUGUCCUUUUAGAGAGCCGCUGGAUGAUUUUCCAAACAAAUGGACAUUGGGCUGUUUGAAGGGAUUAGAUAAUUGGAUGUCUAGUGGUGAUCCAUUCACUAAAUAUAUUCAAAUGCAAAAUUCCCUUGCAUGCAAUGGUAAUGCUCCUAUCCCAAUGAAGCAAGUUCGUGAAAUAAUUCAAGGGGGUAAAAGGGGCCUUCUACUUGUUGGUGAAAUUCAUACAGAAGAUGAGAUAUGGGCAGCUCUCCUCUUGGCUAAACAACUUAAUUGGCCAGUUGUAGCUGACAUCUUGUCAGGUUUACGAUUAAGAAAGCUCUCAUCUUAUUUUCCCAAAGACGAAGAGAAUGUUUUAUUUGUUGAUCAUCUAGACCAUGCUCUGCUCUCGGAUUUGGUCAGAGUUUCGGUACAGUUUGAUGUAGUUAUUCAGAUUGGAAGUCGGAUAACAAGCAAACGCAUUUCUCAGAUGCUGGAAGAGUGCUGUCCGUGCUCUUAUAUUGUAGUUGACAAUCAUCCAUUCCGUCAUGAUCCAUCACAUUUUGUAUCUCAUAGGGUGCAUUGCUCCAUUCUUCAUUUCGUUGACAGUUUAAUAAAAGCUCAAUUUCCAUGUAGAAGCAGCAAAUGGUGUGGUUAUCUGGGAGCUGUGGACAAGAUGGUUGCAUCAGAUAUAUCAUUUCAAAUUUUUGCAGAAAACUCUUUGACUGAGCCGCAUGUUGCACAUGUAAUUUCAGAAGCACUUUCAGCUGACUCUGCUCUUUUUGUUGGCAAUAGCAUGGCGAUACGUGAUGCAGACAUGUAUGGAUAUAGUCAUAAAAACCAUAUUCAUGGCAUUGCAGACAUGAACUCAGAAAUUCAGUGUCUUGGGAUUCGGGUGGCUGGAAACAGGGGAGCUAGUGGCAUUGAUGGUUUGCUUAGCACAGCAAUUGGUUUUGCAGUUGGGUGCAACAAAAGAGUACUUUGCAUGAUUGGAGAUGUUUCCUUCCUUCAUGAUACGAAUGGCUUGUCAAUUUUCAACCAAAGGAUGCCAAGAAAGCCAAUGACGAUACUUGUGAUAAACAAUCAUGGUGGAGCAAUCUUCAGCCUCCUUCCUAUCGCAGAUGGGACUGAUCAAACAAUAUUGAAUCAGUACUUCUACACUUCCCAUAACAUUUCAAUUCACAAACUGUGUAUGGCGCACGGUGUGAGACAUUUACAAGUGAAAACGAAAGUGGAACUUCGAGAUGCUUUGCUAGUAUCUCAGCAUCAGAAAACAGAUUGUGUAAUUGAAGUGGAGAGCAGCAUUAGUGCCAAUGCAAUCUUCCACAGCACAUUAAAAAAAUCUGGAUGCCAAGCAGCGGAUCAUGCUUUAAGCAUUCUUUCAAGGCUUUGUGUUCCAUAUUCAGUUUUAGAUGGGCUCUAUCUUUGCAAAAUCCUCAAAAUGGAAUACUCACUGUACAGAAUUCAACUACGUGCUCCUCCUACUUCUGCUUCAGUAGAUCAUGAUCAUAGUAAGUUCCAUAAGGAAGGUUACAUUUUACUAUUGUCUCUUGAAGAUGGAAGCGUUGGGUAUGGUGAGGUUGCACCUCUUGAAAUCCAUAAAGAAAAUUUGCUGGAUGUAGAAGAGCAACUUCGAUUUCUUCUUCAUGUGAUUAAAGGAACUGAGAUUAAUUUAUCACUUCCUCUGCUGAAGGGAUCAUUUUCCACUUGGAUAUGGAACAACUUAGGAAUCCCGGAAAAUUCAAUCUUUCCUAGUGUCAGAUGUGGUUUAGAAAUGGCUAUCCUCAAUGCUAUUGCAGAAAGCCAUGGUUCCAGUUUACUAAACAUAACGCGGCCCCAAAAAGAAAAAGAAGAAAUUUAUGAAACGUCAAAUGUUAAGAUAUGCGGGCUAAUUGAUUCUACUGGGACUCCUGCUGAGGUUGCCUUUAUUGCUUCCUCUCUUGUUGAAGAGGGAUUUUCUGCAUUAAAGCUUAAAGUUGCACGUCGGGAAGAUCCUAUUCAAGAUGCUGCAGUUAUACAAGAAGUAAGAAAGAAGGUUGGCAGGCAGAUUGAACUCCGUGUGGAUGCCAAUAGAAACUGGUCCUAUGAAGAGGCUAUUAGAUUUGGCUCUUUGGUGAAAGAUUGUGACCUGCAGUACAUUGAGGAACCUGUUAAGGAUGAAGAUGAUAUUAUAAAGUACUGUAAAGAAAGUGGCUUACCUGUCGCGCUUGAUGAAACUAUUGACAACUUUUGUGAAAAUCCUCUUGAUAUGCUGGUGAAGUAUGCUCACCCUGGAAUAGUUGCUGUGGUUAUCAAACCAAGUGUUGUUGGUGGGUUUGAGAGAGCAGCAUUAAUUGCGCAGUGGGCCCACCAGCAGGGUAAGAUGGCCGUUGUCAGUGCUGCAUUUGAAAGUGGCCUAAGUUUGUUAACCUAUAUUCAGUUCUCCUAUUACCUAGAGCUGCAGAAUGCAGAUAUUUGCAGAGUUAUGAACUAUAAAUUGAGGCCAUCUGUAGCCCAUGGUCUUGGAACUUAUCAAUGGCUUAAACAAGACAUAACAACUAAAACUCUGGGGAUUCAUCGCGAUCCAUGUAGUGGCUUUAUGGGAGCAUCUAUUGCUGGUGCCAUUCAACUCUUGCAGGGGUUUCAAAUCAACCAGAGUGUUAUUCACAGAACUUUUACUGGGGAUCAAGUUCGUACUUACCAUUUGGCUGUGAAUUCAAAGGAUUUCUCUGGCUCCAUCAAAGUGCAAGAGGUUGGAGAAACGAACAAUGACAAUGUUGUUAUAUUUCUUCAUGGUUUUCUCGGAACUGGUGAAGACUGGAUCUCUAUCAUGAAAGCCAUCUCAGGAUCUGCAAGAUGUAUUUCAAUUGAUCUUCCUGGCCAUGGGAGAUCAAGGAUGAAAAAUUGUGGUUGUAAAGAUGCCAAACAGGAAGCGACAUUGUCAGUUGAGAUAGUUGCACAUUUAUUUUAUAACUUGAUUCAAGACAUAACUCCUGGAAAGGUUGCCCUUGUUGGAUAUUCAAUGGGUGCAAGGAUUGCACUGCACAUGGCACUGAGACAUGGUGAUAAGAUCAGUGGAGCUGUUAUAAUAUCUGGUAGCCCUGGAUUGAAGGAUGGGAUGGCUAGAAGAAUUCGUUGGGCUAAAGAUUUUUCUAGAUCACGCUUACUCAUGGACUAUGGCCUGGAACUCUUUUUAGAUUCCUGGUACGCUGGAGAACUUUGGAACAGCUUGAGAAGCCAUCCCUGUUUUAAGGAAUUAGUUGGCAGACGCAUGUUGCAUGAUGAUGUUUACAGCCUUGCGAAGGUUCUCUCUGACCUGAGUGUUGGUAGACAAAUGCCAUUGUGGGAAGACUUGAAGCAAUGCAAUAUUCCCCUUCUGCUCAUUGUUGGGGAGAAAGAUAAGAAGUUCCGGGUAAUUUCCCAAAAGAUGUGCUAUGAAAUUAGCCAAUUUAGAAAGGGCAGAAAUGAAAUUGGAAACAAUUUUCCUGAGAUAGUUGAGGUUCCUAACUGUGGGCAUGCUGUACAUUUGGAGAAUCCUCUUGCUGUUAUCUGGAAAUUGAGACAAUUUCUGACCAAGCUAAGAAAGUUUUCCACUCUGGAGUACAGUGAAAAGAUGCACCAAUCCACUACUGUUGACAAUCCAAUCUGAUAGGGAAUGCUGAUCCAUAUGAUUAUGAAGUCCAGCUGGAAAAAGGAGCUCUGGCAGAGGAAGAGUGGCAUUGGUAACUGCAAUUUUUUGUUCUAUGUGAAUCACUUUUUUGGCUGAAAUCACGGCUGAAACACAGAGAGGAGGGGAACUUGAAGGCUUUGUAGCUGCUACGAUAGAGAGAAACGAAUGGCGUGUUCACUGAAGCAAAUUCUGAAUGCUGAGGUGAAAUCCAUUGAAGGUCCAAUGCGGUAUUUUAUGCUGAGAACUGCCCUGGAACAGCUCUGACCGGGGUUCUUAUCUUGAGGUAGGUGCCAGAUGUGUUAUUCAAAUUAAUUCACAAUCUGGGGACUAGAAUUUUACAAAAAUUCAAUUUAAUUGAUUUUCUUUUGGCCAAUUUUCAUGUUUGGAAUGGGAGAAGUCGAUGCUUUUUAACUUUUAAAAAGUUUCAUUUCAAGAGAAAUAGAAAAAUCAAGUAUGAUUGAGUGAAAAUUUAACUGCA